UCCUCAGCAGCUCACUUUGCCUUUUGCCUGCUCCUCACCCGCAAUGAUCAACAAGUUCUUCCUCCGCGGCCUCGGCUUCUUCAACGACGCGUACGACCUCUCGGUGGUCAACAUCGUCAACAUCAUCCUCAAGCACCAGUACAAGGAAGACUACACGUCCGACAUGAAGUCCAACGUCUCGACGGCCGCGCUCAUCGGCGCUGUCCUCGGUCAGCUCACGUUUGGCUUUCUCGGUGACAUGUACGGCCGCAAGAACUGCAUGAUUGCGACCUGCGCCAUCUUGAUUGUCGGUGGCAUUCUCACCGCCGCAGCCUACGGCGGUUCGGACCAUGCUACACUGUGGUUCUUGGUCAUUGCGCGCGGUGUCCUCGGUUUCGGUAUCGGUGGCGAGUACCCGCUGGCGGCGUCGUCGUCGUCGGAAGACGCCACGUCGCCCGCCGACCGCAACCGCCGCGUGUCGCUGACGUUCUCGCUGCAAGGUGUCGGCUUCCUCGUCGCCGGUGUGCUUGGUUUGAUCAUGGUCAACGCUCUCGAUGAGACGGACCAGAACCUCGAGAUCAUGUGGCGCGUGCUCUUUGGGUUCGGUGUGCUGCCUGCGCUCUUCCUUGUCUACUACCGCAUCACGGCCGAGGAGACGCACGUGUACAAGACGAUGCUCGCGGAAGAAGUGCACAUGAAGAAGAUCCGGUGGUCGUUCAUCAUCCGCCACUACUGGAAGAGCCUCCUCGGCACGGCCGGCACGUGGUUCCUCUUUGACAUUGUCUUUGGCUACGUCGGCACGUGGUUUACGUUUGCGGGCAUCUCGGUGCUCACGAUUUUGCUGACGGUCUUUUGCAUGUUUGACAACAAUGACGAGGCGAGCGUCAUGGACAACGACUUCAAGGCCAAGCUCGCCAUGGAAGACGACGACGUGCGCAAGUCAUUUGUGAGCCAGAUGGAAGAGCCGAUCAACGGUGACGAUAUUGGCGCCAAAGCGUAGACAUCUUGUGCAGUGUAUAUAAAAUUUGUAAUUUCUUGGAUCGUUCUUGU